AGUUUUGACCCAAUGCAGGGUAAAGACUUCGGCUUUGAGUUGAGAAUUUUACAGAGAAUUAGAGAAGGUCUAAAAUGGCGAAGAGAGGAGGAAGCUCAAAGUUGAACGUCGCUGUUAUUCAUCCCGAUCUGGGUAUAGGAGGAGCAGAGAGACUGAUUGUGGAUGCGGCUGUUGAGCUCGCAUCGCAUGGCCAUAAAGUUCACGUCUUUACCUCACACCAUGAUAAAAAUCGAUGCUUUGAGGAGACCAUCUCUGGUGCCUUUCCUGUUACUGUGUACGGUGCUUUCCUACCCCGACAUGUAUUCUAUCGUCUUCACGCUUUGUGUGCAUACCUACGGUGCCUGUAUGUUGCCCUCUGCGUGCUAGUUAUGUGGCCGUCUUUUGAUGUAAUACUAGUAGAUCAGGUUUCUGUUGUCAUCCCAUUGCUGAAGCUUAAGAAGUCGGCAAAGGUGUUGUUUUAUUGUCAUUUUCCAGAUUUAUUGCUCGCUCAACACACAACUAUUCUGAGGAGGAUAUAUAGAAAACCCAUAGACUUCGUAGAAGAAAUGACAACUGGAAUGGCAGAUAAGAUUCUUGUUAACAGCAAAUUUACAGCACUUACAUUUGCAAAGACAUUCAAGCAUCUUGAUGCACGAGGAAUUAAGCCAGCUGUUCUUCACCCAGCUGUCAAUGUGAAUCAAUUCGAUGAACCUAGCAAUUCUCCUAAGUUAAAUUUUCUCUCCAUCAACCGUUUUGAGAGGAAAAAGAAUAUAGACUUGGCAAUUUCAGCUUUUGCCAUGCUUCGCACCCUUGAAGGAGAUAUGCUUCAAGGUCUUAAUCUGGCUGAAGCUUCCUUGACAAUUGCAGGUGGCUUUGACAACCGGUUGAGAGAAAAUGUUGAGUACUUGGAGGAGCUCAGAAGUUUAGCAGAAAGGGAAGGAGUGUCCAAUCAGGUUAACUUCAUCACAUCUUGCUCAACAGCCGAAAGAAAUGCACUACUCUCCCAGUGCCUGUGUGUCAUUUAUACACCAAAGGAUGAACACUUUGGCAUUGUUCCUCUGGAGGCAAUGGCAGCUCAUAAACCAGUUAUUGCGUGCAACAGUGGGGGUCCUGUAGAGACAGUUAAGAAUGGCGAAACGGGAUUUCUUUGUGAAAGUAACCCAAGAGAGUUUUCCUUGGCUAUGGCUAAACUCAUUCAAGAACCACAGAUGGCGCAACGAAUGGGUGUAGAAGCUAGGCGGCAUGUUACAGAGUCAUUCUCUACAAAAAUAUUCGGUCAGCAUUUGAAUCAAUACCUAGUUGAUGUUGCUCGGGCUAAAGAAGACUGACAGGAUUUUCAUUGCUUGUAACAUUACACAUUUGAUAGAAUGAUAACACAAGUUUUCUAUUGCUUGUAACAUUACACAUUUAAAACCAGUAAUUGGUUUGAGCCAAAUUAAGGAGAACAUAAUUCUGCGGGGAUUUCAUGUG